AUGUCGAACGUCCUGCUUUUCGGCGACCAAACCGCCGAGCAGUAUGCUCUAUUGCACCGCAUCAUCCUUCGAAAGGAGAAUGGUCUGGUUCGCAGCUUCAUCGAGCGAUGCUCUGUCGCUCUCCGAGAGGAGACCAAGCGACUUCCUCGCAGCCAGCGCGAUGUCAUUCCUGACUUCCUUACUGUCAACGACCUCGUCGAGGCCUACUACCAGAAGGGCCUGAAAGUGCCAAUGCUUGAAUCUGCAUUUGUCACAAUCACCCAGAUCGGCCACUAUCUCAGCUACUUCAGUGAGAACCCCAACGAGCUCCCUGCCACCAACAACACCCGCGUUCUUGGCCUCUGCACCGGCCUGAUCGCUGCCUCUGCAGUGGUUUCCGCCAAGACUCUCCCAGAGCUCAUGAGUCUGGGUGAGCAGUAUGUCCGAAUCUCAUUCCGCUCUGGUGCGGUCGUCGAUGCUACACGUGCCGCCUUGUCUCAGAUUGGCGAGGAGAAUGCUCCGUGGUCUACCAUUGUGACCGGUACGACCGAGCAGGCAGCGAAAGAGGCGUUGAAAAAGUUCCACAAGGAGGCUGGCAUUGGUCGGUCCAGCCAGGCUUAUGUUUCCGCUGUCUCCGUCAUGGCCAUCACCAUUUCUGGCCCUCCUACCACCGUCAAGCGUUUCUUCGAGGAGUCCUCUGCUCUCUCCAAGAACCACCGCGUGCCGAUUCCAGUCUAUGGAGCUUACCACGCCGAGCACCUUUACAGCCAGGCUGCCUUCGACAAGAUCUUUGACGCCGACCUCUCCGCUGAGCUCAAGAAGCACCAGCCAGCCUCUGUGGUCCACUCUUCCUCCACCGGCAAGGCCAUAGUAGCUAAGGAUGCUCUGGAGCUCGCCAAGACUGCCGUUUCUGAGAUGCUCCAGCUCCCAGUCCGCUGGGACCAUCUUCUCGAGGAGACCGUUUCCCAAAUGUCCUCUAACAAGGGACCGGCCAAGAUCUUCGCUAUCGGUGUCAGCAAUGUCUCCAACAGUCUCGUCUCCGCCCUCAAGGCUGGCGGCAAGGCCGACGUCUCCACGGUUGACGAGCGUGCUCUGCCAGAGGGUCAGAGUGACACAAAGGGCCGCACUCAAAACGACAAGAUCGCCAUUGUCGGCCUAGCCGGUCGUUACCCAAACGCUGCCAACACCGAGGCCUUGUGGGACCUGCUUAUGAAGGGCUUGGACGUCCACCGCAGGAUUCCAGCUGAUCGCUUUGAUGCUGAUGCUCACUGCGAUCCUUCCGGCAAGGGCAGAAACAAGUCACACACCCCAUUCGGUUGCUUCAUUGAUGAGCCCGGUCUUUUUGACCCUCGCUUCUUCAACAUGUCUCCUCGUGAGGCUGCCCAAACCGACCCUAUGGGCCGACUUGCCCUCGUUACUGCCUACGAGGCUUUGGAGAUGUCUGGUUACGUGCCGAACCGCACUCCAUCCACCAAGCUCCACCGUGUGGGUACUUUCUACGGUCAGACUUCCGACGAUUGGCGUGAAAUCAAUGCCGCUCAGAACGUCGACACCUACUACAUUACCGGUGGUGUACGUGCAUUUGCUCCUGGCCGCAUUAACUACUACUUCAAGUUCUCCGGUCCUUCUUACUCUGUCGACACUGCUUGCUCCUCGUCCCUCGCUGCUAUCCAGCUUGCCUGCACUUCCCUCUGGGCUGGUGACUGCGACACUGCCUGCGCUGGUGGUCUCAACGUCUUGACCAACCCCGACAUUUUCUCUGGCCUGUCCAAGGGUCAGUUCUUGUCCAAGACUGGUUCCUGCAAGACCUACGACAACAAUGCCGAUGGUUACUGCCGUGGUGAUGCUUGCGGUACCGUCAUCCUGAAGCGCUACGAGGAUGCUAUCGCUGACAAGGAUGUUAUCAUGGGUUGCAUUCUUGGUGCCGCUACCAAUCACUCCGCCGAGGCGGUAUCUAUCACUCAUCCUCACGCCGGCGCUCAGGAGUUCCUGUACAAGCGUGUCUUGGCCAACUGCGGCAUUGACGCCCACGAGAUCUCCUACAUCGAGAUGCACGGGACUGGCACCCAGGCAGGUGACGGUAUUGAGAUGACUUCUGUCACCAACGUCUUUGCUCCCCGCCACCGCCAGCGCAAGCCCGAGCAGACUGUCCACCUUGGUGCCAUCAAGGCCAACGUCGGUCACGCCGAGGCUGCCUCCGGCGUGAACUCUCUUACCAAGGUCUUGCUGAUGAUGAAGCAUCACAAAAUCCCGGCCAACGUUGGUAUCAAGGGCGAGAUGAAUAAGACCUUCCCAGCGGAUUUGAUCGACCGCAACGUUCACAUCUCCACCAAGAUGGUCCCAUGGCCUCGCAAGGGUGCUGAGAAGCGCAAGGUUUUCCUCAACAACUUCUCGGCUGCCGGUGGCAACACUGCGCUUCUGGUCGAAGAUGGUCCUCUCCGCGAGGCACCGACUGGUACCGAUCCACGCAGCACCGUCCCGGUGACCGUGACUGCCCGAUCGAUCGCCUCGCUGAAGCGCAACAUCGAAAAUCUCCAGCAGUACUUGAAGGACAACCAGGAGACCACUCUCCCAUCUUUCUCCUACACCCUGACUGCUCGUCGUAUUCAGCACAACUACCGCAUUGCCUUCCCUCUUGACCAGAUCAGCAAGGCUGCCGAUGCUCUCCAGGCCCAGGUAAAGGAGACUUACAGCCCAGUAGCCAUGGUCCCAACCAAGGUUGCUUUCUGCUUCACCGGCCAGGGCUCGCAGUACACUGGUCUCGGCCAGAAGCUUUACCAGGACCUCCAGAGCUUCCGUGACGACAUCAAUCAGCUCAACAACCUCGCCGUCCUUCAAGGACUGCCGGGCUUUCUGGAGAUUGUCGAGGGCGCUGAUGUCCAGACUUUGUCUCCCGUCAAGGUCCAGCUCGGCAUGGCCUGUAUUCAGGUCGCUCUUGCACGCAUGUGGUCGUCCUGGGGCAUCACUCCAGCUGCGGUCAUUGGUCACAGCUUGGGCGAAUAUGCUGCUCUCCACGUGGCUGGUGUCAUCUCUGCUUCUGACAUGGUUCUCCUUGUCGGUCGCCGUGCCGAGCUCCUCGUCCGUGAUUGCACUCCCCACACUCACGGCAUGUUGGCAGUCAAGGGCAGCGCUGAGGCUAUCCGCAAUACUCUCGGCAGCAAGAUGACUGAGAUUGCUUGCAUCAACGGUCCAGAGGAGACCGUACUAUGCGGCAGCGGCGAUGUUGUGACUGCCGCUAACGAGGCCCUCACCACCAAAGGCUUUAAGGCUACGAAGCUCAAUGUGCCAUUCGCAUUCCACAGCGCCCAGGUCGACCCGAUACUUGAGCCAUUCAAGGCUCUUGCCUCAUCAGUCACCUUCAACAAGCCAUCCGUCCCGGUCCUGUCCCCUCUCGAGGGUGAGAUCAUCCGCGAGGCUGGCAUUAUUGGCCCAGCUUACCUCGCUCGCCACGCCCGCGAGACCGUCAACUUCUGGACUGCCCUCACCAGCGGCCAGAAGAACAAGGUGUUCGAUGAGAAGACUGCAUGGCUCGAGGUUGGUGCCCACCCAGUCUGCUCUGGUAUGGUCAAGGCUUCCAUUGGCGCCACUGUCACCGCUCCAUCCCUCCGCCGUGGUGAGGAUGCUUGGAAGACUAUUGCCAAUAGCAUGUGCACUCUGUUCACCGCUGGUGUGAACAUGAACUUUGACGAGUACCACCGCGAGUUCAACGAUGCGCAGGAGCUUCUCCACCUGCCUACCUACUCUUUCGACAACAAGAAGUACUGGUUGGAUUACACGAACAACUGGACUCUCACUAAAGGUUUGGCACCCGAGAUCAAGGAGGUCAUGGUCGAGAGCCAGGGCGGUGCCAAGGCCGCUCCAGCUGUCGAGUUGCCAGCCAAGCGCCUCUCUACCUCUUGCCAGAGGGUUGUUGCCGAGAACUUCAAUGGCAACACUGGCUCCGUCACCAUCCAGAGCAACUUGGCCGAUCCCAAGCUCUACCCAGUCGUCUGUGGCCACAUGGUCAACAACGCGGCCCUGUGCCCAUCCUCUCUGUAUGCCGACAUGGCUCUUACCGUGGCCGACUACAUGUGGAAGCAGAUGCGUCCUGGCACUGAGACCCCCGGGUACAAUGUCUGCAACAUGGAGGUACCCAAGCCUCUGAUUGCCCAGAUUCCUCAGCCAGCUGAGGGCCAGCAUGUCCAGAUGGAGGCGACUGCUGAUCUCGAUAACAUGACCUUGAACCUCAAGUUCCGCAGUGUUCAGCCAAAUGGCCAAAAGAUUGCCGACCACGCUCACUGCAUUGUACGCUUCGAGGACAAGGCUGCCUGGGCUGAUGAGUGGUCUCGCUACAACUACAUGGUGCAGGCACAGAUCGAGCUCCUCAACUCCAAGACCCAGACUGGUGGUGCUCACAAAGUCCAACGUGGCAUGGCUUACAAGCUGUUCAAGGCUCUGGUCAACUACGAUGACAAGUAUCGCGGCAUGUCCGAGGUCGUCCUCGCCAGUGGCCAGACUGAGGCCUCUGCCACCCUCGACUUCCCGACUACGCCCAACGAUGGUGACUUCUACUGCUCGCCAUACCAUAUCGACGGCUCUUGCCACAUCUCCGGCUUCAUUGUCAACGCCUCCGACAUGGUUGACUCUGAUCAAAACGUCUACAUCUCCCAUGGCUGGGGUGCCAUGAAGUUCUCUCGUCCUCUCACUGCCGGCAUGAAGCUCCGCAACUAUGUUCGCAUGCAGCCUCAGCCUGGCAACGUCUCCCAGGGAGAUGUCUACAUCAUGGAGGGCAACGAGAUCAUCGCUGUCUGCGAGCGCAUCAAGUUCCAGCAGAUCCCUCGCCGUGUGCUCAACACUUUCUUGCCACCAAACAAGGGCUCUGCCGCUCAGGCUGCCCCACAAAAGGCCGCUCCUGCUCUCGCUCCUGCCUCUGUCGCUCGCGCCGCACCUGCGUCAUACAAGCCUGUCGCUGCUCCGACCAAGGCUGCUGCACCAGCACCUAAGGCACCCAAGGUCAAGAAGGCACCCGCGCCCAAGAAGGCCGCUGGUGGUCUCAUCAGCAAGGUCAUGAAGAUCCUGGCCAAGGAGACUGAGGUCGACGAGGCCGAGCUUGUUGAUGAUGCUCACUUCGAGAACCUUGGUGUCGACUCUCUUCUGUCCUUGACCAUCUCUGCCAUCUUCCGUGAAGAGCUCGACAUGGAGAUCAGCUCCACUCUUUUCACUGACUACCCAUCUGUCGGUGACAUGAAGAAGUACUUUGCUCAGUUCGACAACGGCUCUGCUGCCGCUGCUCCUGAGGAGGAAGAGGAGGACAGCGAUCAAGACUCGAUGCCUGCCACAGAUGUGCCAACGCCCAUGGAGAAUGGCUCCACACCAGCUAGCUCUGCCCCAAGCUCUGCCCCAAGCGAUGCUGGCAAGCCUGAGGUCGACUCGCCAACCCGGGAAAGCCUUCCAGAGAUUGGUGAUGUCAGCCUCGCCCGACACAUCGUCGCCCAGGAGAUGGGUGUUGACAUUGCUGAGGUGACUGACGAUGCUGAGCUCGCUGAGAUGGGUAUGGACUCGCUCAUGAGCUUGACCAUUCUCGGUGAGCUCCGUGAGAAGACUGGUGUCGAUCUUCCAAGCACAUUCUUGACCACCAACCCAACGAUCAAGGACAUUGAAGAUGCUCUCGGUAUGCGCCCCAAGGCCAAGGCCGCAGCAGCCCCAAAAGCCGCUGCGACCAAGGCAGCCCCUCAGUCUUCCGGAAAACAGACUGACAUGCACGAGGUCUCCGCACGGCUAGCAGCCAUCAAUAAAACCGACAUCUCCAACUUCCCCGCCGCCACUUCUGUGCUUCUCCAAGGCAACGCGAAGUCCGCCACCAAGAAGAUCUUCUUCUUGCCUGACGGUUCCGGCUCCGCUACCAGCUACGUUUCCAUCCCCAAUAUCGGCUCCGACACUUGCGCUUACGGCCUCAACUGCCCCUUCAUGAAGAACCCCGCAGCAUGGGAGGCCAAUAUCGAGGUGAUCUCGCUCGUCUACUUGGCCGAGAUCAAGCGCCGUCAACCAAAGGGUCCUUACAUCAUCGGCGGUUGGUCCGCCGGUGGUGUGCUCGCCUACGCCGUUGCUCAAGCGCUUUUGGCUGCGAACGAGAAGGUUGAGAAGCUCCUGCUUCUUGACUCUCCCUGCCCAGUCAACCUCGAUCCCCUCCCAGUCCGUCUUCACGUGUUCUUCAAUGAGAUCGGUCUUCUCGGUACCGGCGACCCCAGCAAGACGCCUAAGUGGCUCUUGCCUCAUUUCUCCGCCGCUAUCCGACAGCUCUCAGACUACGAUCCCAAGCCAUCAAUUGGCCCGGUCCCAACCUACGCCAUCUGGUGUAGGGAAGGUGUUGCCGGUAACCCCGGUGACCCUCGUCCACCACCAGCUGAGGAGGAGGACCCCGCGCCAAUGAAGUGGCUUCUCAACCACCGGACUGACUUUUCUUCCAAUGGUUGGGAUCAACUCUGCGGUCUUCAGAACAUGAAGUUUGGGGUUAUGGGAGGCAACCAUUUCUCCAUGAUGAAGGAUCCACACGCGACCGAUCUUGGACGAUUGAUCAGAACUGGUUUGGACUGGAAUGCAUAA